AAUACCAUUUUACCCUUUAAAUCGUUCUAUACGAUUUGAAUAUUUAAAUACCGUACAAUUAACAAUAAGUUACGUUCGUAUUGGACGAAAAAGAAGACUAUGCUUUGAAAUAACGCUUGUUAUCUGCAUGCAAUUUCAUUUUACGCGCUCUUCGAACUCGUUUUUUACCCUUUUAUUCCCCGAAUGUCGUUUGCGCUUUAUAGUUUAGCGUGCAGUUUGAUUUUAACGCGGCGGAUGGGUGGGAAGUCGAAUAAUCCCACCCAAAAACCCUACUCCCUCCCCGUUUGUGUGAUUCAAUGUGGGAUCUUUGCGGCGAGGUUUUCAGUACGAUACGAAACCGUUCGCGACGAGGGCCGAACGAUUCCAUUUGUUUCCGCUUGAUUAUUUCUAUCUGAAAUCGGCUAUUCCGGUCGGCGUCACUUAGAUAUUUUCGUGCAUGACCAAGGAAUAAGUCCGUAGAAGGAGUUUCUGAGGAGAAGAUAUGGUAGCAUUAUUCACUUGCUAUAGAUUUAACGAUCAGUACGAACGCGAACGAACUUGCAGUCCUAUAGAGUACGAUGAUUUACGAUAGACGCGGUGUCCUUGUUCCUCAGGAAUAUGAUUUGGAACGAAAGAUAGAAUUGGAAGUGAAAAUGAAGGAAGGCUCGUCGAGGCUGUUGGCUGCUGCGCGGCAUCCUGCUCAAAGCUUGGAAGCGGCACGUGCUUUGCUUACAUCAAGCAAAAGAAUGACUGCUUACAUGGCCGAGCUGCAACAUCGGAGAAAGGACACAUCCCCGAAAACGACGAGCACAUCCGAAAGUAGAGGCAAAUUAUCCAUCUCAGAUCUAAGAUUUCCUUUGAUGUGGAGGGACUCGGAUCAUUUUAAAAAUCGCGGUGAUCAUAGAAGGUUCGCCGUCUUCUGUCUAGCUCGUGUUGGCACAGAAAUUCACGACACCAGUCUACUUUGUCCCGUCGAUAGAGAACAGACGGACAUUAGCUUUCCCGACGUUUUGUUAUUUAACAAUGUGCCUGCUGAAUUCGAGGUGAUUCUGGAAAUCUACAGUCACGUUCUGCAAGAAGAUCUCAGCAUCGCCAGUACUCCAAGGAGAAUUAGCAGGACUAUUCACUCUUCGAUUUCGAAAACCGUUGGUAGGAAGUUCGCAGCUUCUCUGCGUGACGAAUACGAUUCUAGCAAGACUGGGCCUCAAUUCAAUUUAGUGGCCUAUGCAAAGAUGACUCUCGACGAUAGCGAUACGAAUACACGUACACACGACUUGGUAUUGAACAACUUUGAAAACAAAGUUCACGCCUUACCGCUGUUUGGGCACUUCUGUUGUCGUUUGGCUGUUCAACCAGAUUGUAUUGAUAAAGAGGUUCGUAUAGGAUUCGUAAACAUAAACGAUCAACGUUGCUGGGCACGACUGCGAGGCUUUGAAAUCGAAACUUGGAAAUCAAAGAAGCUAGCAGAAGGAUCGCACGAACCUACGUAUACGAUUGAUGUCAACAAGGAGACACUCGUUCGUCAAUCGAAGUCAAUGUACAACCAAUUGCGAAUAAUCAAUUCUGUAGACGGGACCAAGAAACGCGAUACUAUUGAAUUCAAUACAAAAGAGGACCUUCAAAAAUGGUUCGAACAACUGACAACACGUAUUAACGAGCAUUCGAGAUGGAAACACGCAGCGGUAAACUUACAGCGAAUUCCGUGUUCUGAUAAUUCAAGUGGGAAUACGAGUGCCAGAAAUUCUUUUGUUGGCAACCGUCAAGGAUCUCUCUAUGACGAAACACCUUUGAUAGAAUCGAUUUUCCCGAAUUCUGUGUCGAGGAUAACUAAGCCAAAGGAAGCGUGCAAACUUGCCUCGGAAUAUCAUGGUUCGGUUGGUAGGGCAUCGACGACAGUACGCCCUCGACCGUCGAUUAUAGAGUACAAAUCUCAUUGGCAAUUUACUGAUACGAUUCAUCACAGAUGAAUGUGGUAAAAAUAUGUAAACUAUUGGUAUCUCGAAAUGUUUACAAUUUUGUUUUUCGUCUAUUUGCGAGCAGUAACACAGUAAAUAUAUAUAACUUGAUCUGCCUAGACGUACAAAGUACAUAUUAUGUGCAUUCGAUUAUCGAUUAAACACUAUAUGUUUAUAGAAUAUAUGAAUCUCUCUAAAGAUUUUAGAUUAUAAAGUACACGUUUAAUA